CUUUACUACGGCAAGCAGGAGAAGGCAAUUAAGCCUUCGCACGUCGUUAGGCGUGUGCUGCUGUUGAUCAAAAAAGUUUGGUGAAAACGAAGUUUUGUGAAAACGUUAGUUUGUCGUAAGUAAAUAAUGACAGGGUUUUGUCGUCGUGAAACUUAAGUGAAACUCAUUAAUUCUGUCGUUAGCUGUCUAACGUUAGUUAACCUAGCCUCGCAAAGAUAAAAACAAGUGUAACGUUAGCUAGCGGCAUCUAGCUAGCUAACUUAACGUUAACGUUACUUCACUUUAUUUCUUCUUUAGGGCACAAUUUAAGCUGCGUGUCAUUUCCUAACAUCAGAGUUACACGCGAACUAGCAGUUAACAAUGCAAGACCAUGGUAGUCUUGAGAGAAGGAAUGUGUCCUGGACUGGAUGAGGAUUUAGUCCGUGACCUACGUGCUGCCGAUAUUAAAACAGUGGAGGACGUGGUCUCGUCUGACAUUGAGGAACUUGCUCAGAGAUGCUCUGUAUCAUAUAAGGCUCUAUUUGCCAUCCGCCGAGUGCUGCUGGCCCAACACACAGCAUUCCCUGUGUCAGGCGCUGAUCUGUAUGAAGAACUAUUGAGCUCAACAGCCAUCCUCUCCACUGGAAAUCCCAGCUUAGAUAAACUGCUGGAUUCAGGCUUGUAUACUGGAGAGAUAACAGAGCUGUCAGGAGGCCCAGGAAGUGGCAAAUCUCAGGUGUGUUUCGGUGUGGCAGUGCACAUUUCUUACCAGCUGAAACAGAGUGUAAUAUUUAUCGAUACAACAGGAGGGCUGACUGCCAGCCGCUUGCUUCAAAUGCUCCAAGCUGAAACAAGUAACACAGAAGAGCAGAUGGAAGCUCUUCAGAGGAUCCAAAUCUUCCGUUUGUUUAACAUUUUCUCUUUACUCGACUGUCUGUACAGUCUUCGCAGUGGUGGGCUUCAGCAGGCGUCUGUUGGCGGGGGCUCCGUCAAGGCAGUGAUCGUGGACUCCGUGUCAGCUGUUAUCUCUCCUCUACUGGGAGGCAAACAAAAUGAAGGCAUGUCCUUGAUGAUACAAGUGGCAGGAGUUCUUAAGACAAUGGCAAAGGACUUCAAUGUUGCUGCUUUGGUUACAAACCAUGUUACGAGGAGCGGCAGCGGGGAGGUGCAGCCAGGCCUCGGUGUGUCGUGGAGUCACAUCCCCAGAACCAGGAUCCUGCUGGAGCGAGUAGAGCGGGCCGCACCUGUCAGCCACUCAAGCAUGCGCUCUGCAACGCUAAUCAAGUCUUCUAGACAGCCUUGUCACAUCAAAGAAGAGUUUGACUUGCAGUGGUGGAGUCGCUCUAAAGAAGCAUCAUCAGGAAAGAGAAAACUGGAUGAGACUGAUUCCGGAUGAUAGCCAACUAUAAUCCUCUGACCUAAGGGAGGUACGAGCCGCCUCUUGCGGAUACAUUCCCAGAUCCAGCUUGGUGAGACUCUCUGGGCCUUGCUGUCGUCUUCAGGUUCAGCCAGCGUAUGCGUAGCUGAGGCGACGUCGUAGUCCUGUACGAGGUCUCCGUCAUACGCCACAAAGUACCUCCUCAGUUUGUCAAAGUCCUGCACUGAAACGGGCAGGAAAAGCUUCACCCCACUGAAGAUGUCCAGCAGGGUCUACAGAAAAAUGUAGUCAGCAGAGGACACAUGUGAGCAGACUGCUCCAAUUUUAAGUUGUGGUCAAGCUGCAUAUCAUUCAAUUAAUAAUUUAGUCCAUGUUUAAAUUAAACACUCAUAUUGUGUUACUUAAAGUGUUGUAAAACACCAACAACCAAAAAGUAUUUAAAAUGUAAUGUUAAAUU